AUGCCAUCACGAAACCACAACAAUCUAUCUUGCCUAAUAUCCAAGACAUCAUCGAUCUAUGCGCCAACAAAUGUCUAUAUUCGUCCCUUGAUUUUGAGCAAGGGUUCCACCAAAUACCAUUGGAAGAAAGCCACUGCGAAAGAACGGCUUUCGCCUGUUUCCUAG